CCCUCCUCUCCUUUUGAAAAUCGAUGCAGCAAAACCACACGAUAGGGUUUAAAGCGAUACCGUUUCGGUUCUCCUCUUUCUUCUUCUUCUAUUUCAUGGCUUUCCAAGGGAAGAAACUCAUCAAUGAUCCCAACGAUGUGGUGACUGAGUUCAUCGAGGGCCUUGUGGAAACAUAUACUGGUCUGCAGUACCUAGAUGGUUUCCCUGAGGUGAAGGUUGUAUUACGCGCUGAUGUUUCAACUGCAACAUAUAACAAAGUUGCAGUUAUUUCAGGGGGUGGCAGUGGACAUGAGCCUGCACAUUCUGGUUUUGUGGGAGAAGGGAUGCUGACGGCUGCAAUUUGUGGAGAUAUUUUUGCAUCUCCCCCAGUUGAUUCAAUUUUAGCCGGCAUCCGUGCUGUAACUGGUCCUAUGGGAUGUCUUCUUGUUGUCACGAAUUAUACCGGUGAUCGUUUAAAUUUUGGUUUGGCUGCUGAGCAAGCAAAAUCUGAAGGUUAUAAAGUGGAGACUGUUAUUGUUGGAGAUGAUUGUGCAUUGCCUCCACCUCGAGGCAUAACUGGACGAAGAGGUUUGGCAGGCACUAUUCUUGUUAACAAGGUUGCUGGAGCUGCUGCUGCUGCUGGCCUUUCUCUUGCUGAUGUUACUGCGGAAGCGAAACGUGCAUCUGAAAUGGUUGGAACAAUGGGUGUUGCGUUAUCGGUUUGUACACUGCCUGGGCAGGUUACAUCAGAUCGUCUGGGUCCGGGAAAAAUGGAACUUGGUCUUGGAAUUCAUGGUGAACCUGGUGCUGCUGUGGCGGACCUUCAGCCUGUAGAUGUGGUUGUCUCUCAUGUGCUUAAGCAGAUAUUGUCAACGGAAACCAAUUAUGUUCCGAUUACACGAGGUAAUAGAGUGGUGCUCAUGAUCAAUGGCUUAGGUGCCACUCCUGCUAUGGAACUGAUGAUUGCAGCCGGAAAAGCAGUCCCUAACUUGCAAUUGGAGCAUGGGCUGGCUGUUGAUAGAGUGUACACAGGAUCUUUCAUGACUUCUCUUGAUAUGGCAGGAUUUUCAAUUACUAUCAUGAAGGCAGAUCAAGGAAUCCUGCAACGUCUUGAUGCUGCAACUAAGGCUCCUUAUUGGCCUGUUGGUGCUGAUGGUAGUCAUCCACCUGCCAAGAUUCCUGUUCCAAUGCCACCUUCUCGUUCAUCAAAGAGUGAGGAGUCAUUAAGUCGGCCACUACAGCUAAGUCAAGAAGGACGCAUUCUUGAGGUGGCUAUUGAAGCAGCAGCUAAUGAAGUGAUCAAUCUGAGGGACAGUUUGAACGAAUGGGAUAGCAAAGUUGGUGAUGGUGACUGUGGAUCAACAAUGUAUAGAGGUGCAACAGCAAUUCUAGAGGACAUGAAAAAGUGUUAUCCUUUGAAUGAUGCUGCAGAAACAGUGAAUGAAAUUGGAGCAUCUAUUAGAAGAGUCAUGGGUGGAACAAGUGGAAUCAUAUACAAUAUAUUUUGUAAGGCGGCAUAUGCACAGUUGAAAGCUAACACAAAGUCUGAGUCAGUUGUCACAGCAAAACAAUGGGCUGAAGCUUUUGAAGCUUCAAUUGCUGCAGUUAGCAAAUAUGGUGGAGCUGUUGCCGGAUAUCGAACAUUGUUAGAUGCCCUGAUUCCAGCUGCAUCGGUUCUUAAGGAGAGGUUAAAUGCUGGGAUUGAUCCUUCCACUGCCUUUCUUUUAUCAUCAGAAGCAGCAUUGGCUGGUGCUGAAUCAACCAAACAAAUGCAGGCACAGGCUGGCCGUUCAACCUAUGUCUCCGGAGAGAUCCUUGCAUCAGUUCCAGAUCCUGGUGCCAUGGCUGCUGCCGCAUGGUACCGAGCAGCAGCCUUAGCUGUGAAGGAUAAGUGUCAGGCUUCAUGACCUGAUGCAAUUUUCUGCCCCAUUUUGCCUACAUACUUAACCCAGUGAAGUUUUGUUCUUGGCUACAGAUUUUAACCCAGUGAUUAGGCUAUCCGCUUAUGCAUUUUUUGUGCGUAAAGCCGAGAAAGCGAGUUUUUUUUUUUUUUUUUUUGUUCUCGUACCGUAUUGAAAUUUCUUAGAGAAAUGUAACUUUUAGAGGUUGAUAAACUUCAUUACGAAUUAUAUACAUUGAAGCAGAUGUUGUAACUCAAAAUCUUCAAAAAAAUAACGACUGUUAGACUGGGAUCUUAUUUGCACCAGCCAUAUAUGUCAUGGUUUGGUACAGUUGACGCUAAUCUUGUUUGGCCUAUAAAAGAUUGUACUAUUUUUUCUUUUUCCUUAAUGCA